UUUCUUCUUACCAUUAGGACCGGCAUCAAAAUCAAUGUACUGGUACUAUCUUGCAUGUUUCAUCGUAGUUUUCAUAAUAUUUUUAUAUUUGGACUGUAUUAAACCCGCAAAUUUCCCACCUGGCCCAAAAUGGUACCCCAUCAUCGGAAGUGCCAUAGAGAUAGCACGAGCACGACAAAAAACAGGCAUGCUUUGCAAAGCUAUAAAACUGAUAGCCUCGAAAUAUGACCACAAAGGAGUAAUUGGUUUUAAAGUUGGCAAAGACAAGACUGUGAUGGCAAUUUCCGGAGACUCGUUACGUGAAAUGAUGAGCAAUGAGGAUCUCGAUGGAAGACCGACUGGUAUAUUCUAUGAAACCCGGACUUGGGGUUUGAGAAGAGGCGUUCUGCUGACGGAUGAAGAGUUUUGGCAAGAACAAAGACGAUUCAUAGUGCGCCAUUUGAAGGAGUUUGGUUUUGCCAGGAAAGGAAUGGCAGAAAUCAUAGGGAAUGAAGCUGAAUACGUAAAAAAUGACUUCCAUGCUUUGGUGAAGGCAGGAAACGGAAAAGCGCUGGUACAAAUGCAAAGUGCGUUUUCCGUUUACAUUCUCAAUACCCUAUGGUUGAUGAUGGCCGGAAUCCGAUACACCAGAGAGAACAAAGAUUUGAAAUACCUUCAAUCCCUACUGCAUGAAUUAUUCGCUAAUAUUGACAUGAUGGGCGCACUUUUCAGCCACUUUCCAUUCAUCCGAUUUUUCGCGCCAAGGCUUUCAGGAUACAAGCAGUUUGUGGAAAUUCACAAUCUUAUGCACAAAUUCAUUGGAGCAGAAGUAGAAAAUCACAAAAAGUCUUUCAACGACACUGACGAACCACGUGACUUGAUGGAUGUGUAUCUGAAAAUUUUGCAAUCCAAUCGGGAUAUCCCCGAGAGCUUCUCCCAAGAACAACUGUUGGCAGUUUGUCUGGACAUGUUCAUCGCUGGCUCGGAAACUACAACAAAGACUCUAGGUUUCGCAUUCCUGCAUCUGGUGAGGCAACGCGAAACUCAACUAAAAGUACAAAAAGAAUUGGAUGAAGUUGUAGGGCGAAAUCGCCUUCCAACAUUAGAGGAUAGAGUGAAUUUGCCGUACUGUGAAGCAGUUGUACUUGAGGCUUUACGUAUGUUCAUGGCGAAUACUUUCGGUAUUCCUCAUCGAGCCCUGCGAGAUACAAAACUAUGCGGAUAUGAUAUUCCAAAAGACACAAUGCUGGUUGGAAUGUUCCGUGGUAUGAUGUUAAACGAUUGGGAAUCGCCUACGUCGUUCAAACCGGAGCGUUUUUUGAAGGGUGGAAAAAUCGUUAUCCCACCCAACUUUCAUCCGUUUGGCGUUGGAAGACAUCGUUGUAUGGGCGAAAUGAUGGGCAAAGCCAACCUUUUCCUCUUCAUCACGACUCUAUUCCAAUCUUUCGAUUUCCUAGUGCCAGAAGGUUAUCCAAUACCGUCGGAUGAGCCAAUUGAUGGAGCAACACCAAGUGUCCGACAGUACACAGCAUUGAUUGUUCCUCGAUAAUUUCAGCACAAGACUCAAUAUAAUUUAAGUAAAUGUAAUAUAAACAAUAGACAAGUAAUUAUAAUAUAAAC